CUGACCUCAGCGGUAGAAGAAGAGCAGCAUGGCGACCUCUCUGAGUAACGUGGAUGAAGUCCGUCAUCGAGUGAUUUUACAGGAAUUUAACGUGAAAAAUGUUCACACAACAGAUUUUCCUGGAAACUACCACGGUUAUGACGACACCUGGGACAUGCAGACAUUUCAGAAGAACUUUCGAAUUGAUGUGGUCCAUCUGGAUGAGAGCUGCCUGGAGUUUGACAUGGUGGGCAUAGAUGCUGCCAUUGCCAAUGCCUUCAGAAGGAUCUUACUCUCAGAGGUUCCUACUAUGGCUGUGGAGAAGGUGUUUGUCUAUAACAACACUUCGAUCAUCCAGGAUGAGGUCCUUGCACACCGACUGGGCCUGAUCCCCAUCAAAGCUGAUCCUCGCCUCUUUGAGUACAGAAAUGCUGGGGACGACUCUGGAGAGGAGGGCGUCUCUGAAAUAGACACAAUUCAGCUCCAGUUGAAGAUCAAAUGCAGUCGAAACCCCAAAGCCAGCAAAGACUCCUCGGACCCACAGGAGCUCUACCUCAACCCCGCAGUUUAUUCGGGAGACAUAAAAUGGGUGCCCAUCAGGAACCAGGCAGAUGUGUUUGCGGAUACCAGCAUUGGACCCGUGCACGACGACAUCCUGAUAGCUCAGCUACGACCGGGACAGGAGCUGGACAUCGUCAUGCACUGUGUGAAAGGGAUCGGUAAGGACCAUGCCAAGUUCUCUCCUGUGGCCACGGCCAGUUACAGACUCCUGCCGGAGAUCACCCUGCUGGAACCAGUGGAGGGGGAGAAGGCAGAGCGCCUAAAACGCUGCUUCUCAAAGGGAGUUAUCCACCUGGACGACGUCAGUGGGAAGAAGAUUGCUAAAGUUGUGAACAGUCGCCUGGACACGUGCAGUCGUGAAGUCCUCCGUCAUGAUGACCUGAAGAACAUGGUGAAGCUCGGCAGAGUGCGGGACCACUUCAUCUUCACUGUGGAGUCCACUGGCGUCCUGCCCCCAGACGUCCUGGUCGCAGAAGCCAUCAAAGUCCUCAUGGCAAAGUGCCACAGGUUCCUGAAUGAACUGGACUCAGCUGACCUGGAUGAGUCCUGAUGGUUUUGCUCAGUCCACCAUGAUGAGCGGAUACUGAAACAUGGCCAAGUCCUGCUCCACGUUUGUCUUUGGACUGCGCCAUUGAACUUUAAACCACUGACGACAAAACCCCUUUUGGACUCUGAAGAAUUUCCAGAACUUGCUAAACUCCGUUUUUUUUUUUUUUUUUUUAGUAAAUAUGUUGCAAGUGUUGUAUCCGCACCGACACGAAUGCGGCCUGCUGAUGGUCUGCAGUCACUGUGGAAGUGUUGAUGUUUUCUUUCACAGCCCUUCAUGAGCUCUGUUUCUCUUGAAGAUGUGUUUGCAUCAGUUUAACACGUUCACACACAAACAAUAAAUGCUGUCAGCAGAUACACGAUACAGGUCACCAGUAUGAACCGCAUCACGCCAAAAACAACUUUGUUUAGCAUCUGCAAGUCACAGACCAGUCUGUUAAACAUUGCCACCUGCUGGAUGCGUCUGGGCAUGUAGAGAAUACUCUUCAUGUGUGGGAAAUUAGGAGCAGGUGUGGUUGAAUUACUUGCAGUGAAGCUGUUUAUAGUUUAAUUUCCAAAGCUCAAGACACCAUCCUGAAGCUGGCCACUCACCCCGUGAUUAUAUUGCAGCGUGUGUGGAGCAGUUAGAUGACAAACCUGCAUCUGGGUGAGACCAGAAAGAACUUCAAGCAUGUUCAAAACCCCUGCAAAUGUGCUGCACUUCCCGCAUGACACCAUAACGCCAUUGUGUGGUCUUACAAAGUGGAAGAUAUCACA